ACUACCAACCACUUCCGGUUCAGAGGUCGCUAAUGUUUUGGUCCUUUUGUGUAUAAACCCGACCGUAUAUACCACAAACCUCAGGUUUAUGUGUGAAAGCUUUUUUCUUAGAUUCUAGAGAUGAACUUAAACAUAUAGAGGACCCCCGACUAGCGCCAGAAAUUACAGCGUUUGCUGAUGGUCCCUAACCACGACGCCAUUGGUUCAAGCGUUUCCCUGGUUCUCAGGACAAGUGGAAGCUGAUUGGAGCAAAGCCAUGGAAAUGGAAGAAGGCGGAUCUUCUGGUUUGAACAGUGGAUCAGCUGCAUUUAGGAUGUCUGCACUUCAGCCUCUGAGGGAGUUCAUCAACGCCCGACUGGCUGCUGCUGCUGCAGAAAUAUUUAGACAGGUGGAGAAAACCUUCAUCCAGUACGAAGAGGAGCUCUGUUGUCGGCGCAGACUGCUGGAAAUGAGCUUGAAACCACAACUUCAGCUGCACAAUAUCUUAGCCCUCCCUCAGCAUCAUCGAAGUGCAGAUCAGGAGCAGAAGAGCCAAGAAAGGAUCUCCAGAGGGACGCUGAGGGAACCAGAACCUCCAGGCAUUAAGGAGGAAUGGGAAGAGGUCUUCAUCAGCCACCAUGCAAAGCAGCUCCAUCUGAAGCAGGAGACGGAUGUUUUGAUGGAGACUCCCAAGACUGAAGAGUCUCUGAGCAGUCACCAGCUCCAAAGUCAGGAGACAACAUCCGCUACAAACGAAGAAACAGAGCUGGAGAACACAGAUCAGAGGAACAGAGGGGACAGAGGUCACGUCCAAGAUGAGGUCAGCUCUCACGUGACAGGAAGUCACUGUGGCUCCAACUCUGAGAACAUGUUAGAAAAAGCUGCUAUUUGUGGAAAGGAGUUGAAGAUAAAGACUUUGGUGGAGAAACCUCACAGGAAGCCUUUAAAGAGAGUGGAAGCAGUCAUGUGUGUGGCUGCUGGUCCACCGCAGAAGCAGCAGGAGAACGUUCCCGGGACCAGCGUCCAUCCAGUGACGGCCUGCAGGCCUCCUGCUCCUCCUGCUCCUCUCUCCUCAACUGUCAGCCAGCCCGUCCACAGGAGCGAUCCCAAAAGUGUUGGCCUGCUGCAGCCUGUUGGACUUAUUAAUGGUCAAGUGAUUUUUAAAAGCCUUUAUCUGCCUCCCAGUCCUGCUGCUCCUCUUCUGAACACCAGCAGCUACAGGACAAAAAGGCACAAAGAUCAGCAGUUUAAAAGUCAGCCUUAUAUCAAGAAGCCGCCCAACGCCUUCAUGCUGUUCCUAAAGGAGCAGAGAGCAACCGUGCCGCCGGAACUGAAGAGCAACAGUUCAGCUGUUAAUAAGCUCCUGGGAGAGAAGUGGAGCCUGCUGUCAGAGGAGCAGAAAGCCAAGUACUUCAACCAGGCUGAGGUGGAGAAGCGGCUCCAUGCGCAGCAGCAUCCCGACUGGUCCAGCUCAGACAAUUAUGGCAAAAAGAAAAAGAUUUCCAGGAAAGGAGCUCCCUCCAAAAGCAAUGGUUUGAAUGCACUUUGAAUGUCCUGCCUGGAACACGCCUCCAUCCGUCCACCCACCGGCUCUCCCCGGACCUCAUGCAGGAAAGUUCUGGUUCCUCAUGUUCUCCUCCUGACAGAGGAGCCUGAUCACAAUGUUCUAAUGAAAGGAAACAGGACCUGUGUGUUUUUUCGCUUUGUGGCCAAAAAGCCACAUACAGGGUCAGGAUUGUGGCUUAGGGCUCCAUCAUUAACCCUUGUGCUAUCCUAGACACUUUAACGUUGGGAGUUGGGUCAUCUAGACCCACUUGACAGUGCUCUGAACCUUUUUUCUUCAAUGAUUUG